AUGGCCCCCAGCCAUAGCUGGCGCGCAUUAGCGUUAUUCAUCGCAACUAUUACACCGAUCGCAAAGGCCGACAUUUGCUCAACUCUCGCUCAAGGCGGCAUCUCAAUCGAAUAUCCAGUAUCAAUCGAUUACUCCACCGACCUGACCAAAUAUUGGUCUGCAGCAUGUGGAGACCUCAAACCAACAUGUAUUGCUGCACCGUCUAGUGCCGCAGAAAUGGCACAAAUAGUCAAACAAUUGCACGAUGUUGACACAUUAUUUGCUGUCAAGUCUGGUGGACAUAACCCCAACAAUGGAUUUGCUAGUAUCCAGGAUGGGUUGUUGAUUUCAACCAAGAACCUGGAUCAGGUGGAUUAUAACGAAGAUGAUAAAACUGCUGUUAUUGGCCCUGGUCUUUCUUGGGAAGAGGCGCAAGAAGGUUUGGAUGGUACGGGCCGAGCAGUUGUCGGAGGGCGACUUGGUGGCGUUGGAAUCGGAGGGUAUAUGCUCGGAGGUGGUAUGAGUUUCCUUAGUACUCAAUACGGGUGGGCUGCGAACAACGUGGCAAACUUUGAAGUCGUUCUUGCUAAUGGGACGAUUGUCAAUGCUAAUGAGAAGGAAAAUACCGAUCUUUUUGCGUCCCUGAAGGGAGGAGGUAACAACCUUGGUAUUGUCACUGCAUACACCAUGGAUACUCACCCCAUUGGCAAAGUUUGGGGAGGCAACUAUAUCUUUACCUCAGACAAGACACCUCAGCUUCUGGAGGCACUCCGCAGCUUUGUGGACGACUAUCCAGAUGACAAGGCAGCCAUCAUCCUGACUAAGGAACAUGGAGCUCUUGGUGUGAUUGACCUUUGGAUUAUGUUCCUCUUCUAUGACGGACCCGAACCACCAGCUGGUGUUUUUGACGAGUUCCAGGCCAUUGAUCAUACUUCCACGACGAAGACAUGGGACUCGUACUAUGAUCUGCUCAAAAACAACGACAAUUUCAUUCUUCACGGACAACGCUAUACAAUUGCGACAGAGACAACGCCAGUUCCUAAUUCAACAGUGGGCUCCAGCGUGUUACAAGAGUACCACGACCAUUGGUACAAUGUCACUGAGUCUGUGAUUGGCGUCACGGAUGUUAUUGGAUCCAUUGCCUUCCAGCCAGUUCCCAAAUCAUUCACUCGACAGGCCAAGGCACGCGGCGGAGAUCUUCUCGAUGUUCCCGAUGAUACAAACUACAUUUUCAUUGAACUCGAUUUCUCCUAUGCCUUCGCAAUUGACGAUGACAAGAUAGAUCAGGCCAAUCAGAACUUGUAUCAGGGAAUGGAUAAUCUGGUCCAAAAGAACAUUAAAGAAGGUCUUCUACCCGACGUAUACCGUCCACUGUUCAUGAAUGAUCUCUAUUACCGCCAGGAUUACUGGGGCCGCAUCAAGCCGGAAUCUAAGGCGUUGGCACUGAAGACCCGUCUUGAUGUUGACCCUGAGGGAUUCUUCCAACAGCGCACCAGCGGUGGUUGGAGAUUGAAGGAGUGGAAUGAUGGCAACCUCAUCCCCGGCUUGGAUGAUUUUUGUUGCAUCCUCUUCAACGUCCACGUAUUCACUUUCAACGCUAAUCCCACAGCUGGUGAGAAUUUUGGUCUGGAUUCCUGGAUACCGCUCUUCAAGCAGAGGGAACAGCUCCGAUAA